AUUCAUCCUUUCUCCAGAGCAAAGGAUUUGAAAUUAAUGCUUUAAUACAUGUACACAGUUUACAGCCUUCAUUCAGUAUUGGUGAUAGUAUUAAUUAAUAGUAUGACCCAUCGAUAUAAAUUAUUUUUGCAUUUUUAAAGUCAUAAACUUGUAUACAAGUAUGAAUAUAAUUAAGUACCCAACAAGCUUUAGUUCGUGAAAUGUCACGAAUUCAAUUUAAAAAAGACAGUUAAUAUCCGAACCUUGAGCACAUGAUAUCCGCACCGCUUGUUUUGGUAUAGCACGGUCUGCUUAGAGUGUUAUUAAAAGCUUUCAAUGCAUGAAAAUUGCAAAUAUGUUUCAUUUUCCUUAAAAAGUGACAAGGCUAUGGGCAUAGGAUCAGCUGCGACCUUCAAAUGUACAAGGCUUAAUAUGGAAAGUUUAAUCAUCCUAGUCUUACUUGCCGCUGGGAACUGCCAAGGUCUUGAAUGGAAGAUGUCGGUAGCAGAACCAUCAUUUGUCUUCAAAACACUUUUCAACAAUGUUGAAACUAUCAACCUACCAGAUGAUAUGUGCGUAUACAGAAUAAUUGUGAAAAGCAAACAAAUGACCAGACUACCCUCAGAAGUUGUGCUAUGGUUCAAAGAUCCGAUGGGCACAAACGACCAGGCGAAAAUACAAGCACUUGUGCACGAUUACAAGACAAAAACGAGCACUUUAAAUUUGAACAGUCCAAAGGAAAUAAAAAAAGUGAAAAUAACAUCAUUGUGGAAUCCGGCUAGAAUAGAGGAAAUUAUAUUGGAUUACUCACCAUGUGAUGUUCUCGAAUGGAAGAUGUCGGUAGCAGAACCAUCAUUUGUCUUCAAAACACUUUUCAACAAUGUUGAAACUAUCAACCUACCAGAUGAUAUGUGCGUAUACAGAAUAAUUGUGAAAAGUAAACAAAUGACCAGACUACCCUCAGAAGUUGUGCUAUGGUUCAAAGAUCCGAUGGGCACAAACGACCAGGCGAAAAUACAAGCAUAUCUGCAUAAUGACAAGACUAAAACGAGCACUUUAAAUUUGAGCAGUCCGAAGGAAAUAAAGAAAGUGAAAAUGACAUCAUGGUGGAAUCCGGCUACAAUAGAGGAAAUUAUAUUGGAUCAUAAUUACUCACCAUGUCAUGGUGAAGGCACACAUCAGACGCCCCAACACUGAACACAAACACUAAACCAACAUCUAUGGACAUGAUGGAGGGCAAGAACGAUCUAACGAGACUUUAGGCGAACGACUUCACUCUUUCAGAUUAAACAGUAAACAUUCAUUAUAUAUUAUAUAUAAAUAUGCAAUCUAAAAAAUAAAAGUUCGCUACAGGCGACCUAUGCACCAACAAGAA